AAAAAUGAAAAAUUAAACAAACUUUGGCUCCGAAAAUAUGGCCGCCCCAGGCUUCAACGCGCAGCAUUGCCCUUGAUAGGAUAUCAUUUCCCUUUCUUUCAUAGUCUAUAACAAUGGACUCGAAAUAUCCGCUAAGUUAUUCAUAGUAACUUUUGUGAACUCGCUUGACAUCUUUUAAAACUGGAAACGAGACCGAGGUAUUUCGCUGAUUUUGUUUCGUUAAAAAAAAGUCUAAAAAUACAACUCCAAUUGAUGGAAAUUAUCACAAAGAUUAAGGUCACCGGUAGAAUUGCGUAUUGCGUAUCUUGUUUACAAAAAGCUUUAUUCGAUCUCUCUGAAUAAGGUUUAAUUUACAAUCACAAAGAGAAUUUUUGUACAUGAAAAGAAGAUAUCUUAAGGAUUUUAAUUUUAAAGAAAACUGCCAAGUGCUGGACGUUGGAUGUGGACCUGGUGACAUAACGAGGCAUGGAUUACUGCCACUGUUACCGAAAAGCACUAAAAAGUUGAUGGGUGUCGAUAUAUCUUCUGAUAUGAUCGACUUUGCGAAACAGUUCCAUCAAGAUGACGACAGGAUUUCAUUUGAACGGUUAGAUAUCGGCACCAGCAGCAUUCCCUCUCAUCUACUGCAAAGUUUUGAUCAUGUAUUUUCUUUUUACUGUCUUCAUUUUGCACCAGAUCUUCGAAAAGCAAUUUCUAACAUUCAUAAAAUGUUAAAGCCAAAAGGAGACAUGUUCGUGAAUGUAAUAUCUUAUCAGUACUUGUUCGACAUUUACGAGCAGCUGCUAAACACACAAAAAUGGCACCCAUACGUUCAUGACUACAAAUCUAGAAUGAGCCCAUUUCAAAAUGGUAAAAAUUACAAGCACGAUUUUGAAAACGUUUUAGGGGAUCUUGGUUUUAUUAUUAGUCACUGCAUUGAAGAACGAAAAGUAUUCCCUACUAGCAGAGACAAUUUUGAGGGGCUUAUGAAAGCAAUUAACUACGUUGAUGUACCCAAGCAUUUGGAAGAUGAGUUUGCCUCUGAACAAUGCAACGUCAUGCGAAGCACAGACAAAGUAUUCAUUGAUGAGUAUGGAGAAGAGCAGUAUCAUUGGCAAUACACGUUACUCACUGCACAUGCUUUUAAAAGAUAGCAUCCGUCAAUAAGCUCACUUUGUAACAUCAAGCAAGACAACGUUGCCCUGUCAACUGAAAAACUAAUUGCAGCAUUUCAAUGAUAAUAUAUUUCACAAAAGCAA